AUGGCGGUCGACCUCGACAUCAGCAGUCACAGCUCCAUCCAGGCCGCUACGGCGCUGAUUGCAGACGGUUUGAUGGACUACUACUGGGGAUACAAGUACGGAGGAACCAUUGGAAUGUUCACGAAUCCCUACUACUGGUGGGAGGCCGGAGGAGCCUGGGGGUCGAUGAUCGAUUACUGGUAUUUUCUGCAAAACGACACAUUUGAGGAAACCAUCAAGGAGGCGCUGUUGUACCAGACAGGAGACAACUGGGAUUACAUCCCUUUGAAUCAAUCCACCACCGAGGGAAACGAUGAUCAGGCGUUCUGGGGCAUUGCUGCGAUCCAGGCGGCGGAGCGGAACUUCACAAACCCUGCGUCCGACCAGCCUCAGUGGCUGUAUCUUGCGCAGGCGGUGUUCAACACGAUGGCCUGGAGAUGGGACACGGAGCACUGUGCUGGAGGACUCAGAUGGCAGAUUUUCCAGUGGAACUCGGGCUACGACUACAAGAACACGGUCUCGAACGCAGGCUUGUUCCACAUUGGCGCGCGGCUCGCGAGAUUCACCGCCAACGACACCUACGUCGACUGGGCCGAAAAAAUCUACGACUGGCUUCUCGGCGUGGAAUUUAUCACCGAGGGAGACACGUACAAUUUUGCCUACGACGGCGGAAGCAUCAACGACAACUGCUCGUCUGUGGUGAAGUACCAGUGGUCGUACAACGCCGGGAUGAUGCUUUCGGGCUGUGCUUAUCUGUACAACUACACGGAGGACGACAUCUGGAGAGAGCGGACACUCAAGUUUCUGAACGGGCUGGUUGUCUUCACGCCCAACAGCGCGCAGGACGAUGUGUAUGUGCUGCAGGAGACCGCGUGCGUGGGGUCGGACUCGUGUAACAACGACCAGCGCUCGUUCAGAGCAUAUCUGAUCCGGUUCAUGGGGCUAACGGCCUUGAUGGUGCCGGAAACACAGGACACCAUCAACAAGUACAUUCAGCAGUCGGCGCAGGCGGCCGCGCAGUCGUGCUCGGGAGGCACGGACGGCCACACGUGCGGGCUGAACUGGACGCACAGCGGCUGGGACGGGUACUACGGGCUGGGAGAGCAGAUGUGUGCUCUGGAGGCUAUCCAGAACGUGCUUAUCUACGACAGACCAGCUCCGUACACGUCGUCGAACGGAGGCUCGUCUACAGGAGACGGCGCAGCCGGAUCGGAGAGCACGCAAUUGACGGACCAGCCGCUGAAGCUGGACCGCGGCGACACUGCCGGAGCAGCCAUUAUUACGGUGCUGAUUGGGGUGAGUAUUAUCGCACUGGCGUGCUGGUUAUUAGUGUAAUGUACAUGGGUCAUUUCUGUCUGUUGGUCUCCAAAACCUCCCGCAGGUACGCGUCUUCGCCACUCUCUUUGUGGUUCAGGUGGUGGUUCUCCUCAUACACGCUCAGGCCGAUCGACCCCAGAAGCAGGGCCACCGUGAUGAACUGCGCGUACAUUCUCGCCUGCACGAAUUUCUGCGUCUUGGUCAGCAGUGGGUCUCUGUUGACGUACAUCCAGGACCCGACCAUGGACGCUGCCCAAAGACCGGUGAUGAUCUUGUACUUGUUGUUCGACAGAGACUCGACCACCUUCUCUGUUGGGGACAGCCUGGCCCAUCUUCUGUGCUCUUCGAGCACCUUGCGCUGGUGGAACUCGGACGAGUACAUGUCGGAGUCGAACCUGGUGGACGCCAACUCGGCGUUGACGGCAGUGGUAAACGCUGGCGGAAUGAUGGCGGUGGCCGUCUUGAUGGACCACGGCAUCUUGAGCAGCUUGGGAUAGUAUCUAGGAGCCAUGGCGUACACUCCGACGGACACAAGGGUUCCCAAGCAGAACCCGUUGAAACCUCCGGUGAUGGUGGCCCACGAAUGGGCGUCGAUCUCUUCUUGGCUGACAAUCUUCAUAUUAGUUGCGUGCAGGUAGUUUGCGAAUUUUACUCUUUAAA